UGUGUGGGUCUGGUGAGUUCGGGCCCGGCUGUACCGGUACCUGUCACUGUGCGAGUGGAAAUGACGUGUGUAACGUCUUAACUGGAAUCUGUGGCAGUGGAGGGUGUGAGGCUGGCUGGAAGGAAAACGACUGUCAAACAGCGUGCAGCCCCGGUGAGUUCGGACCCGGCUGUACCGGCACCUGUCACUGUGCGAGUGGAGGUUCUGUGUGUAACAUCACGACUGGAGUCUGCUCUAGUGGAGGGUGUGAGGCUGGGUGGAAAGGAGUCAGCUGUCAGACAGCCUGCAGCCUUGGCGAGUUCGGACCAGACUGUACCGGUGACUGCCACUGUCUGACCGGAGAUUCCGCCUGUAACAUCCAGACUGGAGCCUGUACUGGAGGAUGUGCUGCCGGGUGGAAAGGAAACGACUGUCAAACAGCCUGCAGUCCCGGUGAGUUCGGCCCCGACUGUGCGAACACCUGUCACUGUGCGGGCGGAGAUUCAGUUUGUCCCGCCGACACCGGAGUCUGUACCAGUGGAGGGUGUGCUGCAGGGUGGGAGGGGGUCAGUUCCGCUUGUCAGACAGCAUGCUCGGGUGGUACAUUCGGACCAGACUGUACCGGUACCUGUCACUGUCUGACCGGAGAUUCCGCCUGUAACAUCCAGACUGGAGCCUGUACUGGAGGCUGUGCUGCCGGCUGGAAAGGAAACGACUGUCAGACAGUGUGUGAGUCAGGAGAGUUCGGACCAGACUGUACCGGUACCUGUCACUGUCUGACCGGAGAUUCCGCCUGUAGCAUCCAGACUGGAGUCUGUACUGGAGGCUGUGCUGCCGGCUGGAAAGGAAACGACUGUCAAACAGCCUGCAGUCCCGGUGAGUUCGGCCCCGACUGCUCUCACACCUGUCACUGUGCGGCCGGAGAUUCAGUUUGUCCCGCCGACACCGGAGUCUGUACUAGUGGAGAGUGUGCUGCAGGGUGGGAGGGAGACAGCUGUCAAACAGGUUGUACUGAAGGAAACUUUGGAGAAGGCUGUACCGGCAUCUGUCAUUGCCUCAACGGAAACUCUGUGUGUAGCAUCGAGACUGGAGAAUGUUCUAACGGAGGCUGCGCGGCCGGUUGGAAGGGAAGCAAUUGUCAGACAGUCUGCGCUGCUGGAGAGUUCGGGCCCGGCUGUACCGGCACCUGUCACUGUGCGAAUGGGGGUGACGUGUGCAACAAAACCAACGGAGUGUGCUCUACUGGGGUGUGUGCAACCGGUUGGAAAGGGGAUAGCUGUCAGAUGGCAUGUGACGGUUCUUACGGGCCCGACUGCAUCACCAUGUGUGGUUACUGUUACCUGGGUCAGACCUGUGACAGGUUUGACGGAACAUGUCCGACUGGUCAGGAACACCUGUGUGCAGCUGGAUACCAUGGGGAGAACUGUGAUCAGGGCUGCAAUGCUGGUACAUACGGAUACGACUGCGAGGAUAAUUGUGGAUGGUGUACAACAGGCAGUACUUGUAAUGCUGCUACUGGCAUCUGUGAGUCCGGGUGUCAGCCGCCAUGGGGCUUGGAUAUGUGCAAAGAAAUUCUUGCCGAGGUAACAGAACAUCCUGACGACCUAAGCCUACCUCUCAACCAUCCGGCCACCUUCAUAUGUGUCAGCCUUGGCGAUCCUCUCCCAACCCUGACUUGGUAUCAUAAUGACGACCUGGUUUCAAAUGGAGAUCAAGUCAAAAUAAAUACCACACAGAACUCUACCACACACACAGUCAGUAGUACCCUGACCAUCAACACAGUAAAGCGGGAGGACAAUGGACAGUACCAUUGUAGGUCCAUAAAUGGCACGAAUUCAGACGUGUCACAACAAGCAACUUUAGCAGUACUAGAGCGGCCAGAAGAUGUUACAGUCAGUCUAACUUCCCCUAGCUCUACAACAAUGCAAGUCGCAUGGACAGUUGGGUUUACCGGGAACCUGGACAUUAACGCGUCAGAAGUGAGUCACAAACGCAGUGACGAGACGUCGUGGGGUCCAUGGGUACCGACAGAAUCUACUGGUACAGAAGGAACCCACGAGCUGACAGGCCUGUCGUCUGCAACAAACUACUCGGUAAAGUUGAGGGUGAGAAACUCCCAGGGAUGGAGUGAUCCCGCUGAAGCAAAGGGGAGAACGCGGAAUGCCC